AAUUUGAAAUGUAUAAGGAGCAGGUGAAGAAGAUGGGGGACGAGGCACCGAGCACCCAGGAGCAGAAGAGUGAAGCCCCCACCUGCGGAAUCUGCCAUAAAACCAAGUUUGCCGACGGCUGCGGCCACCUCUGUUCUUAUUGCCAAACCAAGUUCUGCGCUCGCUGUGGAGGAAGAGUUUCACUGCGCUCUAACAAGGAGGAUAAAGUGGUGAUGUGGGUAUGCAACCUGUGCCGAAAACAACAAGAAAUCCUCACCAAGUCAGGGGCCUGGUUCUACAGCGGCCCAGGGGGCACCCUGCCCUCGGGUGCGAGUGACCCUCGCCGACGCCACGAAGAGGCUCCGCAGGAAAAGAAGGCCAAACUUCAGGAAGCCCCACUGCUGUACCAGGGGCCUCCAGGGGACCACAGCCGAGCUCUAGGACUCCCGCGCCAGGCUUCCCUCAACAACGACUCCAGUCUGAAGCCCAACGACCCUCUGAGCAACAGGAAAAGAAGUCCAUCAGCAACCAGGGAUCCAAACCAAAAAUACGACCAAAGGGAGGAGAAGGGGGAGCGUUCGCAGUAUGCCCCAGGGGAGGGCGGCAUGCCACGAUCGCCGUCUGAUUACGGGGCCGGAGACCGCCAGUGGCGCGAAGGCUACGGCCGCUCCUAUGAGGAUGCGGAGGUAGCGCGGAGUGCGUACCGCGCUCAACGGGGCGGCUGGCACUCUCAGGAAGAGUAUCCACCCGAACCCGGAUUCCUGCCUGAUGGCCCGCCCCUCAGCGAGCACGAGCUCCAGCGGCAGCGGCAGGAGGAGUACCAGAACCGCUACCGCAGUGACCCGAACCUGGCCCGCUACCCUGUCAAACCCCAACCUUACGAGGAGCAGAUGCGCAUGCACGCGGAGGUUUCGCGAUUCAGGCAUGAACGGCGACACAGCGACGUCUCCCUGGCGUACACAGAGAUAGAGGAGCCCUUGGGGCCCCUGCGGGGUCCCCCCUACUCACCGGGUCCCGGACACACCCACUGGAGGUCCAACCACAGUCCACCCGGCAUGGACUCCAUCCACAGGCAGCAGCACCUGGAUCCUGUCUCGGCCUUAAGGAAGAGUAAACGAGAAAAGAUGGAGAGCAUGUUGCGGAACGACUCGCUCAGUUCCGACCAAUCAGAGUCCAUCAGGCCGCCUCCGCCCAAACCUCACAAGAACAAGAGGGGCGGCAAAAUGAGGCAGGUGUCCCUGAGCAGCUCAGAGGAGGAACUGGCCACUACACCGGAGUACACCAGCUGUGAGGACGUGGAGAUCGAGAGUGAGUCUGUGAGCGAGAAAGGGGACAGUCAAAGGGGAAAAAGACAAACUUUUGAGCAGUCACACACCUUAUCUGAGGGCCAAAAGAAAAUGGUGCGCUUUGGGGGCCACUCUUUGGAAGAAGAUGCUGAGUGGUGUGAACCCCAGGUUAAAGACUCGGGGGUUGAUACAUGCAGUAGCACUACCCUAAACGAGGAGCAUAGCCAUAGUGAGAAGCACCCGGUCACAUGGCAGCCCUCCAAAGAUGGAGAUCGACUCAUCGGCAGGAUUCUGCUCAACAAGCGCAUGAAGGACGGCAGCGUUCCCCGCGACUCUGGAGCUCUUCUGGGACUGAAAGUGGUUGGAGGAAAGAUGACAGAGUCCGGAAGACUUUGUGCGUUCAUCACCAAAGUAAGGAAAGGGAGUUUAGCGGAUACAGUUGGGCAUCUCAGACCAGCUUGUAGAGUUCAGUGUUUGUUCCAGGGUUCUUUUACCAUGAUGGUAAAUAAAAACAGUUUGAAUCAUUGUUUCUCCAGUGACAAAAGCAAAAGAAGAACAAAAACGGUAAAGAAAUCUCUAGAGCCCAAAUGGAACCAGACCUUUAUGUAUUCCCCCGUCCACCGGCGGGAGUUCAGGGAACGCAUGCUGGAGAUCUCGCUGUGGGACCAGGCCCGGGUGCGAGAGGAGGAGAGUGAGUUCUUGGGAGAGAUCCUCAUAGAGCUGGAAUCAGCGCUGCUGGACGAUGAGCCGCACUGGUAUAAGCUACAAACACAUGACGUCUCAUCGGUACCCCUGCCCAAGAGCUCCCCCUGCCUUCAGAGACGAGCGCUGCAUGGAGACAGUCCCACACGCAGACUGCAGAGGUCUCAGAGGAUCAGCGACAGUGAGUUCUCAGACUAUGACUGUGAGGAUGGUGUUGGCGUCCUAUCAGACUAUAGAAACGGCAGAGACCUCCAGAGCUCCACCCUCUCUGUGCCUGAGCAGGUCUUAUCGUCCAAUCACUGCUCUCGGUCAGCUGACAUCAACCGAGCACGCUCACGGUCUCCCAGCAUGCCCCCUUCUCAGAGGAAUUACGGAGCGCCAGACAGGCACGAGUAUCACCACAGGUCCCGUUCUGCAGACCAGCGGUCCGCACUGGAGCGGCCCAUGUACAGCCGCUCUCGCUCCACGGAGCGGCCGCCCGACGGCCCCCACAUGAGAUCAUCGAUGCCCUCCCUGCCGUCAGGACACUCAGCUCCACCCUCCCCUGCCUUAUCGAGGGCGCAUCCUCGUGGAGGAUCGGUUCAGACCAGCCCCACCGGGUCCCCCGUGAACAGCAGGAGAGGACGACAGCUCCCACAACUGCCUCCAAAAGGGACGCUGGAAAGAAGUGCUAUGGAUGUGGAGGAACGAGCACGGCAGAUGAAGCUGAAGAUGAACAAGUAUAAACAGGGAACCGGCUCAGAUUCAAGGCUGGAACAGGACUAUCACAAGCGAUCAGGCAGGGAUCCUCAGCGAGGAGAAAACCUCUCGGCCAAGUCUUCGGACAGUGAUGUCAGCGACGUGUCCGCUGUGUCGAGAACCAGCAGUGCGUCUCGAUUCAGCAGCAUGAGCUACAUCUCUGUCCAGUCAGAACGGCCGCGGGGCGCAGUGCAUCCAGGUUCUACGGCAGAACGCCGGCUCCUGAGUCAGCAGCACCACACGCUUGCCUCCAAUGCAGUGCAGGGGCGGAGCCUCUCCGGGGAGGGGGAGGAGUCAGUUGGGGAGGCGGAACAGGAGGAAGCAGGAUUAGAGGAGGACAGAGGGAGGAAGAGAGGAGGGGGGAGGGCAGGAAAACUGAGGAGACAGACAAAUAGUAUAGACAGAGAGGAGGCGGAGCUGGAGGAGGAGUCUGAAGAGGGCGUGGCCCAGAGGACGGUCUCAGAGCUGGACCUCAGUUCAGUGGCACAUGGUCUCGCUGACAGUGAUGCUCAGGAACACCGUGGCCUAGAUGAAAAUGCACUUAGCAAAAUCUGCAUGAAAAAGGAACAGUCUGUUCAGCUGUGGAUGAGCAAAAACAUCCCCGGAGAGACACUGCGACGCUCCAAGUACAUUUGCCUGAGGGAUGGUCUUAUCUGCCAAGACCUCCUGAUAGACCAUCAGGAGAAGCUUUGUAUGGAGACUUUGGCCUUUGGGAGAGAGAUGUCCAGUUUGGCUGAAGCUCUGAAUCUCCGCUCCCCUUCACCCUCCACUUUCCUAACUCUCUCCUUUCUCUCCUCCAUCAUCCAUCCACCCUCAACUCUUCCCCUCCGCCGCUCCUCCUCCUCUCUUCACGUCUCUCCUCCACGGGCUGCCACUGACAGUGAAUUUACGUCCAAAAUGAAAAACAGGCAAGUGGGAACGGCGGCCGGGGGCAACAUGACCAAGAGCACCAGCGUCGGUGGGGACAUGUGCAGUCUGGAGAAGACCGACGGCAGCCAGUCGGACACGGCCGUGAGCCUGGUUGGAACCAUUGACAAGAAACGGCGCUCCAGCAUCGGCGCCAAGAUGGCGGCGGUCGUGGGGUUAGGCCGAAAGAGCCGCAGCGCCUCGCAGCUCAGCCAGACAGAAGCAGGAGGAAAGAAGCUGCGCAGCACUAUCCAGAGGAGCACGGAGACGGGACUGGCUGUAGAGAUGAGAAGCAGGAUGACCAGGCAGGCCAGCCGCGAAUCCACUGAUGGCAGCAUGAACAGCUACAGCUCAGAGGGAAACCUCAUCUUCCCCGGAGUGAGACUCUCUUCUGACAGUCAGUUCAGUGGUUUUCUGGAUGGACUUGGCCCCGCCCAGCUUGUGGGGAGACAGACUUUAGCCACGCCCCCUAUGGGUGACAUUCAGAUCGGGAUGGUGGAAAAGAAAGGAGCCCUAGAAGUAGAGGUCAUCCGAGCCAGGGGCCUUGUGGGAAAAACAGGUUCUAAGGCACUGCCAGCCCCUUAUGUAAAGGUGUAUCUACUGGAGAACGGCGCCUGCAUAGCCAAAAAGAAAACAAAAGUAGCACGAAAAACACUGGACCCUCUUUACCAGCAGCAGCUGUCGUUUGAAGAGACCCCAGGAGGAAAGGUUUUACAGAUCAUUGUGUGGGGAGACUACGGACGUAUGGACCACAAAUCCUUCAUGGGAGCCGCUCAGAUACUUUUAGAUGAUCUGGACAUGUCCAACAUGGUUAUUGGCUGGUUCAAGCUGUUUCCUCCCUCUUCAUUGGUCGACCCAACCCUGGCCCCGUUGACCAGAAGAGCUUCCCAGUCGUCCCUCGACAGCGGGUCCGGGCCGUUCGGUCGCUCGUAGCAGUUUCCUGAAAUCUAGCGUUAUUGUAGCAGCCAUUGGGUGGAGUUUGAGAUUUGCGACAGGUCCCGUCCCCCCGGUAACACUGCAUGCUUGAUGUUGUGUGUUCAGAGCUUGUUUCUUAGGGGUGAAAAAAAGCGGUCCUGUUUUUGCUCGCAAAAAAAAUGCCGCACACAUUGUGCGCAAAGAGCAACCCCUAGGGGGCAGGGACGAGACGAAGCUGGAAAAUGGCCUCCUUAGCCUGAGGAACGUCACAAUUCCUGCUUUUAGAACCUAUUUGAAGCCAUUGGAGAUGAGUCUGAACUGAGAACUGACACGUCGAGUUCUUCAGAAGCCCGUUUUGAAAUGGGGAGAAACCUUCUCUUCGACUUUUGUUUUCCAUUUAUGUUUCUUUUAAUGUUGAUGUAUUUGUAUCUACAUGGGCUAACAGUGUUCCUUGGGUCAAGCCAUGCCAACAGACCCAGAAAUGUACACACAAAACAUGAAUAUGAAGUGGGAAUAAGCACCUCACUCCCCAAAUACGAUUCUGCUAGAUCAUUACAGAGAUGAAAUGUAGGUUUGAAUCAUCUUUUAAGAUCAAAUUGAAGUACUUCUCUUGAUACCGUAUGAAACCUAAAGAAGAAAUGACGAGUUUUUUUGUUGCAUGGACACAACUUUAGCUGAACUUAAAAAAAUAAAAAAAAAAGUGAAUAGGAAAUCAUUUUCUCAGACUGCUACUUGCAAAAAAAAGACAAGAAAAAGAAAAAAUGAACCGGAUCAGCCAUUUUCAACAAUUUCUAUUAUUUUUAAAGAUAAAUUUCACUAGUGCAUGAUUUUCAUGGGGAGUGAAUGCUACAGUGUGAUUUAAAAAAAACAACAACAACUUGAAACCUUGUUUUUUGUCAAGCUUAACAUUUUAUUUACAGUGAGAAAUCUGUUCAUGUGACAAAGAUGGAAAAAAAAAUCAAUGUCUAUGAUUUAUUAUUGUAAAGGCGUAAGCCUUAUGAAGCUAAAGACGAUGUGCAAAUUGUACGUUUCUCUACUUCUCCCUUGUCCCAGGGUAAACUCUCUGUACUUCUUGCUUCCAUUGUCAGAUUUUCCCCCUGA